AUGCUUCUCGACCAAGUCCAGGGCAGAGACCAUCUGUUGAUCAGUAGACAAAAAGGUCCAAGCGUGUUCCAGAUGCUGGGUUCAUUUUCGAGCCAAUCCCAUCAUGAUGUGCUUCGUCGAGUUGGUUUGGCCACCUCUGCUCCAUUUGUGGCUGUUGAAGAUAUUGACCUCGACAACGAACCCGUCAUUCCUGCUGAUGGACUCUUGCAUGAUCCUGAGACAUGUGACGCCGUUUUGGGUGGCCUUCUUCACCCACAAGACAUUAAAGAACUGACGGACUUGGAUGAUCGUGACAUUGCGCUCCAACAAGUUCACAACUUAAUCUCGAUGGCCGAACUUUGCUUGGUUGAGUUAUCUAGGGCUCAAGGGCGCAAGGAUGAGUUAGACAACUUGAUCAAGUCCCACAAACAUUUAGGACAACGACUUAAGGCCAGUGAGGCUACAUCGGCGAAAAAGAAGGAGGCCACCCAAAACGGCGUCACCGCGAGCCAUGACAUUUCUGUUCGUGACUACAAGAUCAGGGAGUAG